AUGGCAACUACAAUCGAACAACUGCAAAUCGAGAAGCUUGUGCUGGAGGCUCCUUCUUCCUCCUCACUCGUCGCAUUCGAGUCAUUCGAUCUCCCACCCUCAAACCAACGUAUUCUCGGACAGCCUCAUCCUAAGAACACCGUUAUCCCGCUUGCGCUUCGGCCCACAAACGCCGAUGCCAAGCCAACUCUCGAGGCUGUGGUCGACACAAUCAAGUCCCUCCAAGAGAAAGACGGCAUUUUGACCAAGAAGCUCGCAAGGCAUGGCACGCUGCUGUUCCGGGGCCUGCCCAUCCACAACGCGGAAGACUUCAGCAAAUUCGCACAUGCUUUCGGGUAUAAGCCUCACGAGAUUAUAGGCAUUGUAGUCGAUAGACCUCUUCUUGCGCCAAACGUCGCCCCCGCAAAUGAAGCGCCCAAGGAGGUCUUGAUCUACAAUCACAAUGAGUCUCCUCAGGUCCCACAUGCGCCCGAGUAUAUCUUCUUCUAUGGACAUCGUGCCCCAUCCAAGGGUGGCGAGUCACCAAUAUCGUCUUCAUUGGAGCUGUUCAAUCGAGCACAGCAGGAGAUUCCAGAGUUCAUCGCCGAGCUCGCAGAGAAGGGGAUUCUGAGCAAAGUGACAUACCGCUUGGAGCAGCAAUACAAAGGCGGGUCUACACUGCGCCAGGCAUUUGGCAAGGAUAUCCAAGAUGGUGAUGACGAAGAGACCAAGCGUCGAAAGAUCGAGGCUCAGAUUGCCCGCUAUGGCAGAGGCAAGCAUACCACUUGGGAGUGGACCGACGAUGGUCUUGUCUUGACGCACCGUCUGCCUGUCAUUCGUACCCAGCCGGGUACGAACCUACCGACCCUCUUCACUGGACUGGCAGCAUACUGGAAACGUACCCAGUUCGAUACAGAGGCGCGUAAGAAUGUCACCCAUCAGCUAUUCGGGGAUGGAACACCUAUCCCUGAUAAGUAUCUGGAGCACUUGGCGAAGAUUACCGAUGAGAUUCGGGUUCUGCAUCGCUGGCAGCAGGGUGAUGUGUUAGUUUACGAUAAUACCAUCGCGCAGCAUGGCAGAGAGCCGUGGGAAGGGGAUCAGCUGGAUCGGGUUGUUAUGGCCAGUUUGUUUGAUGGCGAGAGCGUCCCGGGUGCUUAUGGAUAUGGCGAUUGGGCACAGGUGGUGCAGGCUCAUGAGUCAUGA